UACAAUGGGUGCCCUUCUCUCCCAGUUCUCCGCCGCUCUUAACUCUCUGAUUGGGAAGAAAGAAAUGAGGAUCCUGAUGGUGGGACUGGAUGCGUCUGGUAAAACUACAAUACUCUACAAACUGAAACUGGGAGAGAUAGUUACCACAAUUCCUACCAUCGGGUUUAAUGUGGAAACCGUGGAGUAUAAGAACAUCAGUUUUACGGUGUGGGAUGUGGGUGGUCAGGACAAGAUCAGACCACUGUGGAGACACUACUUCCAGAACACCCAAGGCCUCAUCUUCGUUAUCGACAGUAACGACAGAGAACGCGUGAACGAGGCACGUGACGAGCUCAUGCGCAUGCUAAACGAGGACGAGCUGCGGGACGCUGUUCUGCUCGUCUUCGCCAACAAACAGGAUCUUCCGAACGCGAUGAACGCGGCGGAGGUGACCGACAAGCUUGGUCUACACAGUUUGAGGAAUAGAACGUGGUAUAUCCAGGCAACAUGUGCCACCAGCGGAGAUGGACUCUACGAGGGACUUGACUGGCUCAGUAACACGUUGAAAAACAGAAGUUAGAGGUCACGUGAUACUAGAAAUCUGUCACGUGAUACCUUGAACACUGAACAGUUGUCUAUUGGGCUAUCAUUCCAACACCGACAACAUCGGUUAUGUGAGCUUGUUAACAGACAAAUUCAUAGCCUUAAAAGUGGGAUUUUGCUGGCAAAAUGCAGCUUAGGGUUUUGAAUAUUUUAUUUCUAGAAAAAGUCUUGCGUUUUUGUAGUUGCAACAGAUGCGAAAAUUAUGAAUUAAAUAAGAGUUUAUUAUUGAAAGUAGAAUAUAUGUUAUGACAAGUUAUUUGAUUGCUGUAAAUUAAGUUAUAUUAUAGAUCAUAGGAUUGUGUAAGUGUCAGGGUGGUGUUAACUUAGGUUGAGAGUAUGGCCAAAUGUAGAAAUUGUAAUGGUUUUGUACUCCAAUAAAUCACUUAUCACCGUCUAAAUGUGAGGUACAAUCAGUUUGUUACUGUUCCAACUUUAGUUAUUUGUUGCAAAAACGCUGACCAAAGUUCAAAAUAAAAUUCUCCCAAUUCUCGACCUAUUGAUACUACCCGGCAACAAUUGUAUGAAAUGGUAACUUUUGAAUUAUCAUAAUACGUAUAUUCAUGUGGUCAUUGAUCAUAUUAAUUAUUUAAAUUAUGUCAAUUAAAAUUUGUUGGAUUUAUUUGAUGCUAUUAGUAGAAUAUUGCAGUAAUCUUUGAGUUUGUUUCCUUGUAUCAUAGAAGAUUUAGAUCAAUUGAAGCAACUUAGAACUUAAAUAUAGUCGCCAAUUUUUUAGUUUAAGAUCUUAGCAUAUAUAAUAGAGGAAUGUACUUCAAUUUUCAGCAAUUAGGCAAUUGCAAAGUUAGUGAAAAUGAGACCUACCAAUUGUGUUUUCCAAAGUUGUUGCUGGUCAAGAAUUCGAAUUAUCUGUUUCUUUUUCA